CUCCCGAGAGAGCAUACUGUCACCUACUAUCAGUUCGCUAUGCACGCCCGAGAGAGAGAGAGAGAGGGAGAGAGCGAUCGGCCCAUGGCUUCCCUUCGGUUCAACAAGCAAAUCAUCCCAAGUUACACAGACCCCAUGGUCCGAAAUCUCUAGAACUGGAAAAAACCCUAAUACAUGAAAAAGUUCAACUGCUUUCUGCCCGCCCUAAGCCAUGGAUUCCAAUCUCCUGGAAAGCUUUCUCUGUCUACAAUUUCAUCUCCGGACUGUUCUCUCAUGCCUCCUGUUCCAUUAUCGGCAGAACCCAUUCCAUCUUCUGAUACUAUCGAUUUGGAAGGAUUCAAAUCUAGGGUUUGUCACAGUAUAAGCAAACAACACUGGACUGCGCUGAAACGCGAAAUUGGAGAUUUGGGUUAUCAUAAACUGCUCGAGUUUUUGUUUCAAUGGAACGUGGACGAAGAAUUGUUGCUUAGGUUUUUCAAAUGGUCCGAAAAGGAAAACGGGUCCCCCCAUAACCUUGAAUUUUGUUGCAGGCUUCUUCACUUGUUGUCAAAUGCCAAAAAGUAUGACAAAAUUAGGUCGCUUCUACAUUCCAUGGUUAACAGAGAGAAUGACUCUUCUUGCUCUGUGAUUUUCCAUGCUCUCACGGUUUCGAGCGAUCGCCCAAAAUUCAAUCCAGUUAUUGCAGAUAUGUUAGUUUCUGCGUAUGCAAAGAACUCUAGGAUUGAUAUGGCCGUGGAAGCCUUCAAAAGAUCGGGAGAUUAUGGAAUUCGGCUCUCCGUUUUGUCCUGUAAUUCUCUACUGAAUGAGCUGGUAAAAUCAAAUGAUAUCAAAACCCUAGAAUUGGUUUACAAAGAGACGAUUAGGAGGAGAAUUCCAUUGAAUCAUGUCAGUUUCAACACUGUAAUUCAUGGCGUCUGCAAAGCUGGGAAGCUGAGAAAAGCAGUUGAUUUGGCAGCUGAUAUGGAGUCAUGGGGUUGCUCUCCGAAUGUAAUUACAUAUAAUACCCUCAUCGACGGGCAUUGUAAGAUGGGAAAAAUUGGGAAGAUGUAUAAAGCUGAGUCUCUUCUCAAAGAGAUGGUCACAAAUAGGAUCUCUCCCACUCAAGUUACUUUCAACAUUUUGAUUGAUGGGUAUUGCAAAGAUGGGAAUAGUUUGGCUGCAUUAAGAGUGUUCGAUGAAAUGAAGAAGAAGGGUUUUUCUCCGAAUGCUAUAACUUACAAUUCAUUGAUCAAUGGGCUGUCUAAAGAAGGCAAAAUUGAGGAAGCUCUAGACUUAAAUACCCAAAUGCAAGGUUGUAAUGUCCAGCCCACAAUUGUUACAUAUAAUGAGCUUAUUUAUGGGUUUUGUAGAGUGGGUAAAAUGAUAGAAGCCAAGAACGUGCUAGAUGAGGUUAUAGAGAAGGGUCUGGCUCCUAGUCUUGUAACAUAUAAUUCUCUAAUUGAUGGGUAUUGUAAGUUGGGCAAAAUGGAGGAAGCUCUCGAGUUACAAGCCAAAAUGUCUCAAAGAGGUUUGUGCUGUGAUGUUUCAACUUACAAUUCUCUUAUUGCAGGCUUUUGCAGGGCCGGGAAUACGAAAGGGGCGAGUAGGUUGCUUGAUGAAAUGGGAGAGAACAACAUUCAAGCUGAUGUGAUAACAUAUAACAUAUUAAUCGGUGAAUUAUGCAGGCGAGGAGAGUCUAGGAAGGCCCUCAAACUCUUGGAUGAAAUGUCGGAGUUGGGUGUGGACCCAAAACAUGUCACUUACAAUAUUUUGAUGGAUGGGUUUUGUGAAGAGGGGAAUUUAAGGGUGGCUUUAAGUCUGAGAGAGAGAAUGGAGAGAGGAGGCAGAAAAGCGAAUGUCGCGACAUAUAAUGUGUUGAUCAAGGGUCUUUGCAGGAAAGGAAAAAUGGAAGAAGCAAAUAGGCUUUUGAAUGAACUGUUGGAGAAAGGUUUGGUUCCAAACCAUGUGACCUAUGAUUUAGUUAGGGAUGAGAUGAUAGAAAAGGGAUUCAUGCCAGACAUUGAAGGACAUCUUUAUGAUGUUGUUCAAUAGAUCGAUAAUGCAGAUCAAGCUGAAAAAUUCAUUUCUAACAUAUAUUGAAAUGGUAAGAAUGGUUAACAUGUUCCAUUCAUUUACCUAUCCAAGUAUUUGGGGUGGGUCACCAACUCAUGCCUCUGCCCUAAGUUUAAAGGGUUUUAGGACCUGAAGCCUCAUCACUCUAAACUACCACAAACCGUUUCAUCCUCAGAUCCAUGAAUUUGGAGAUCUAUAAACACUGCAAAUCUGAUGAUCUUGGACGUUUGAAGUUGCAACAAUUGAAUUGAACGGUCCAAUAAAAGGGCAUGAGGGCCAGUUUUCAAGGCUCAAAAUCCUUUUGCUAUUUUUGGAUUCAUUGUUGUGGUGGCCGAGAUACAUAGAUUGCGAUUGCGAAAUUUGGAUCCAAAAUCCACUUUCGGCAUGGAUCUUGGACGGUGCACGAAGUUGAAUAGGUGGCCUGAAGAUGGCGUCAAAAGCCCACCAUUUAUUCAUUUGUUUUUUCUGAUGUACUGCUUCCUUUGUCCAGGGUUUUUCUAUUAUAAAUUCUUCCAUUCUUGACCUGAUUUGGAUCUAUAUAAUAGUCUUGACAGAUGUAAUUUUUUUAA